AUGGAGAGUUCUGAUAUUUAUAGAGCUAGUAGUAGUUUAAGAGGUAGUUUUGGAGUAGGUUCUUCAGCAUGGAGAAACACUACUGUGGAGGCAUUUUCAAGAUCUUCAAGAGAAGAAGAUGACGAAGAGGCCCUAAAAUGGGCUGCCCUUGAGAAACUGCCCACUUAUGAUCGUUUGAGAAAAGGUAUAUUAACUAGUGCGUCGAAAGGUGUAACUAGUGAAGUAGAUAUUGAAAAUCUUGGAGUCCAAGAGAGGAAACAGUUGCUUGAGAGGUUGGUCAAUGUUGCAGAAGAGGAUAAUGAGAAGUUCUUGUGGAAGCUCAAGAACCGUAUUGAAAGGGUUGGAAUUGAUGUUCCAACAAUUGAAGUUCGGUACGAUCAUCUAAAUAUUGAUGCAGAAGCUUAUGUAGGAAGCAGUGCUUUGCCUUCAUUUACUAAGUUUACUUUUAACAUAUUAGAGGGUUUCUUGAUUGCUCUUCAUAUCCUUCCAAGUAGAAAGAAACCAUUCGCUAUCCUUAAGGAUGUUAGUGGAAUCAUCAAGCCAUCAAGAUUGACUUUGCUUUUGGGUCCUCCAAGUUCUGGGAAGACCACACUGUUGUUAUCAUUGGCUGGAAAACUUGAUCCUAGUCUGAAGAAGCUGAAAAGGCUGAAUUCUCUCGUGCAGUUUUCUGGUCGUGUGACUUACAAUGGUCAUGAGAUGAAUGAGUUUGUACCACAAAGAACUGCAGCCUAUAUCAGUCAACAUGAUCUCCAUAUUGGAGAAAUGACUGUGAGGGAAACUUUGUCGUUCUCUGCCAGAUGCCAAGGGGUUGGAUUCCUACAUGAGAUGUUGGCAGAGUUGUCCAGAAGAGAGAAAGAAGCCAACAUUAAGCCUGAUCCAGAUGUUGAUGUCUUCAUGAAGGCAGUAGCAACACAAGGUGAAGAGGCCACUGUCAUCACAGAUUAUGUCUUAAAGAUAUUAGGAUUGGAAGUCUGCGCAGAAACGAUGGUAGGUGAUGAAAUGAUAAGGGGUAUCUCUGGAGGACAAAGAAAGCGAGUUACAACUGGUGAAAUGCUGGUCGGACCAUCAAGGGCAUUGUUUAUGGAUGAGAUUUCUACUGGUUUGGACAGUUCAACAACGUACCAAAUUGUGAACUCAUUAAAGCAAACCAUUCACAUUCUCAAUUCCACUGCUGUCAUCUCACUUCUCCAGCCAGCACCCGAGACUUAUGACCUCUUUGAUGACAUUAUCCUCCUGUCAGAUGGCCAAAUUGUGUACCAGGGGCCUCGUGAAAAUGUGCUUGGAUUUUUUGAACAUAUGGGCUUCAAGUGCCCUGAAAGAAAAGGCACCGCUGACUUUUUGCAAGAAGUAAGCAUAAAGAAGGCAGUUGUGUUUGGCGCCUUUGUGACAUCAAUUAAAGAUCAAGAGCAGUACUGGGCACGAGUAGAUCAACCUUACAGGUUUGUCACAGUCAACGAAUUUGCUGAGGCAUUUCAAUCAUUUGACGUGGGACGGAGGAUUGCAGAUGAGCUUUCAACACCAUUUGACAAGUCCAAGAACCAUCCAGCUGCUUUGGUAACCAAAACGUAUGGAGCUGGAAAGAUGGAUCUUCUUAAAGCUAACUUCUCUAGAGAAUACUUACUCAUGAAGAGGAACUCAUUUGUCUACAUCUUCAAGAUUUGCCAACUUACAAUAAUGGCCAUCAUUGCAAUGACACUCUUCUUUCGGACCGAGAUGCAUAGAGAUACAGUUACAGAUGGUGGAAUUUAUACUGGUGCUUUGUUUUUUACUGCGAUCAUGAUCAUGUUUAACGGUAUGUCAGAGCUAUCUAUGACCAUUGCCAAGCUUCCUGUGUUUUACAAGCAAAGAGACCUCCGCUUCUUUCCUGCAUGGGCAUAUGCAAUUCCUCCAUGGAUCCUGAAAAUUCCCAUCACAUUUGUUGAAGUUGCUGCAUGGGUGUUCCUAACCUACUAUGUCAUUGGAUUUGAUCCAAAUGUUGGAAGGCUUUUUAAGCAGUACUUUCUGCUUUUGCUAAUUAACCAGAUGGCCUCUGCACUAUUUAGAUUUAUCGCUGCUGCUGGAAGGAACAUGAUUGUUGCUAACACCUUCGGGUCAUUUGCAUUACUUACACUUUUUGCUUUGGGGGGCUUCAUUCUGUCGCGAGAGCAAAUAAAGAAAUGGUGGAUAUGGGGUUACUGGAUUUCACCAUUGAUGUAUGGGCAGACAGCUGUGAUUCCUGAAAACUCCACAGAACCACUAGGAAUCCAAGUUUUGAAGAGCCGAGGGUUCUUUACAGAAGCAUAUUGGUAUUGGAUAGGAGUUGGGGCAACAAUAGGAUUCAUACUAUUAUUCAAUCUUUGCUUCAUUCUGGCCCUCACUUUCCUCAAUUCAUUUGAGAAGCCGCAGGCUUUUAUAUCUGAAGAGCCUGAAAAUGGUGAAUCUGUUCGCAGAACAGGAGGAGCUAUUCAGUUAUCAAAACAUGGAAAUAGCCACAGAACUAACACAGAGGGUGGAGUUGGAAUUAGCAGAAGUGAUUCAGAGGCGAGUGGCGAGGUCCAUAAUAACAGAAAAAAAGGAAUGGUUCUUCCAUUUCAACCACAUUCCAUCACCUUCGAUGAUGUUAUUUACUCUGUUGACAUGCCACAGGAAAUGAAAGUUCAAGGAGUUGUUGAAAAUAGAUUGGUGCUUUUGAAGGGUGUGAGUGGAGCUUUCAGGCCUGGUGUCCUUACAGCUUUGAUGGGUGUUAGUGGUGCUGGAAAAACGACUUUGAUGGAUGUUUUAGCUGGUAGGAAAACUGGUGGAUAUAUUGAGGGAGACAUCAAAAUUUCGGGGUAUCCAAAGAAACAAGAAACUUUUGCUAGAAUUUCAGGAUACUGCGAGCAAAAUGACAUUCACUCUCCACAUGUUACUGUCUAUGAAUCCUUACUCUACUCAGCUUGGCUUCGUCUACACUCUGAAGUCGACUCUGAAACCAGAAAGGUAGGCACUCGUUGCCUUACAUAUGCUUUAGGCAUCUGGGAGUGGGACUCAGUAAUGUUCAUUGAGGAAGUCAUGGAGCUUGUGGAGUUGAAUCCAUUGCGCCAUGCAUUAGUUGGGUUGCCUGGUGUGAAUGGUUUGUCUACUGAGCAGCGCAAGAGGCUAACCAUUGCAGUUGAGCUUGUUGCAAACCCCUCUAUCAUAUUCAUGGAUGAGCCAACUUCAGGGCUAGACGCUAGAGCUGCUGCAAUUGUGAUGAGAACAGUUAGGAACACUGUGGAUACAGGAAGAACAGUUGUAUGCACCAUCCAUCAGCCCAGUAUAGACAUAUUUGAAGCUUUUGAUGAGCUAUUCCUGAUGAAGCGAGGAGGACAAGAGAUAUAUGUGGGGCCUUUGGGUCGCCAUUCUACCCAUCUAAUAAAAUAUUUUGAGGCAAUUGAAGGAGUGAGUAAAAUUAAAGAUGGUUACAAUCCAGCAACUUGGAUGUUGGAAGUUUCUAGUUCAGCACAAGAAAUGGCUUUGGGGGUUGAUUUUGCUAACGUCUACAAGAAUUCAGAUCUGUUCAGGAGAAACAAAGCACUUAUUGCGGAACUAAGCACGCCUGCUCCAGGCUCGAUGGACCUUUAUUUCCCUACGAUGUAUUCAACAUCAUUUUUCACACAAUGUAUGGCUUGCUUAUGGAAGCAACAUUGGUCAUACUGGAGAAAUCCACCAUACACUGCUGUGAGAUUUCUUUUCACGACCUUUAUAGCCUUGAUGUUUGGUACAAUGUUCUGGGACCUUGGCUCCAAAGUGAAUAGUACCCAAGAUCUUUUCAAUGCAAUGGGCUCAAUGUAUGCAGCUGUUCUCUUCCUUGGUGUGCAAAAUUCAUCAUCUGUUCAGCCAGUUGUGGCUGUUGAAAGAACUGUUUUCUACAGGGAAAGAGCUGCCGGAAUGUACUCAGCUUUGCCCUAUGCUGUUGCACAGGUCCUGAUUGAGCUUCCGUAUAUUUUUGUUCAAGCUGCCGUCUAUGGCAUUAUAGUUUAUUCGAUGAUUGGAUUUGAAUGGACCGUCGCUAAGUUCUUUUGGUAUCUAUUCUUUAUGUACUUCACACUAUUAUACUUCACCUUCUACGGAAUGAUGGCUGUCGCAAUGACUCCAAACUACCACAUUGCUGCUAUAGUUUCCUCGGCAUUUUACGGAUUAUGGAACCUCUUCUCAGGGUUUAUAAUUCCCCGACCUUUGAUUGUCCGGAUGACAUUGGGUCACAUUCUUUGCUUGGUUGAUGAUGCACACCGGCUUGCCAAGGAUUUUGAGCUAUGCCUCCCGUAA